AUAGAAUCAUGGAAUUGUAGUCGGAAGGUACCACAAGGGUCAUCUAGUCCAACCCCCUGCAAUGCAGGAAUUUUCCCCCAAGGUGGGGCUUGAACCCACGACAUGGUUGAAAUAUUAUGCUGAUAUGCAGCAACGCCUCGGAGCCGUCGUGACUGCGGCCGUGCCUUGCCUCGCCCUCGCCUGCCCUGCCACCCCCUCUCGCCUGCCCGACCCUCCCGUCCUCUCCAGCCAAGCAGGGUGGCUGCCGACGCUGCCAGCCCCAGAAGCACAAAGUGGCCGCUGCUGCCGCCACGAUGUCGUCAGACCAGCUGGCCCUGUAUCCCUUUCCCACUUUGUGGCCCCGCCCCUGAACGACCAUGGCUCCCCCCCCCCGGCCCGAGUUUUGAUCCUGGCUACACCCCUGUGGUUUUGGACUAAAAUUUCCACCUUUCCUUUCUUGCAAGACCAGUGGUCAGGGAUGAUGGGUACUAAAGUCGAAAUACAGCUGGCAACCCAAGCUGGUUUAAAACAAUACAUGUAAUUGUAUGUGCAAUGUAUUCUGUUUUCAGGUGGUGGUGGGAAACAUCUGGAAAUUACUUUGGUCAUCAUGCUACCUAAUUUUCACUCAAUUAAAACAAAUGUUCUGUUUCAGGCAAGGAAAAAGCCCAGUUGGGAAAAUAUCUGGCAAUCCAUCUGACAAUGUAUUUGAUGUCCUUUAUAGGUCAGAGGACAAGAUGAAAAUGUUCUCGCACAGCAUGAAUUCCAAGUGGCAUCUGUGCGGCAGAGAUGUGAUGGCCGCCUUCGAUCUUUCUCACUUCCCACUCAUUUGUGAUUUGGGAGGAAGUGGCGGCGGCUUGGCUAAAGAAUGCAUUGCGUUGUAUCCAAACUCUACGGUGACCAUUUUAGACUUACCCAAGAUAGUGGAAAUGGCAAAGAAGCAUUUCGUAUCCCCAGAAGAACACCGGAUUACUUUCCAUGGGGGGGAUUUCUUUAAAGACCCAAUUCCAGAAGCUGACCUCUAUAUUUUGGCUAGGGUCCUGCAUGACUGGGAUGAUGAAAAUUGUGUGCAGCUGCUAACCAAACUCCACAAGGCCUGCAAGCCUGGUGGUGGAGUGUUAGUGGUGGAAAUAGUUCUCAACGAGGACAGAAGUGGGCCAUUGGAAGCACACCUACAAUCCAUGCUGAUGCUGCUUCUUACUGAAGGAAAGGAGCGAACCCCUUCAGAGUACAAUGUGCUCCUCAGUGCUGCUGGCUUCAAGGAGAUUCAGCUAAAGAAAUGCCAACUCUAUGAUGCCAUUUUAGGAAGAAAAUAAUGUUUUCCCUGCAUCAUUCAUGUCCAUUGUCCAGAGAAUGCUAGAACAAUAAAACUUGUUGUUAUAUCAUC